AUGACGAACAAGCCAGCGGAAGCAGCAUUGCUACAGAUACUCAAGAACACGCAAGUGGUGAACAGGCCAUUUUUCCAGUUCGUUAGAGGGGUGUCUAAUAAAACAAAUAAGAAUGAUGCGCUAGGGCAUCACGAAGCCGAUAAGAAUAGUAAUAUUUUAUUGGCAGAUGCAUUGAACCUUAUAGCUCCCAAGAGUGAAGUGAAGAAUACUUAUAAUUAUAAGCCUUCGAUUAUUAAUCAUUUGAGGAAAGGGUCUGCACAGGAACAGUAUGAUCAAUACACUCGUGAAACCACUCAAAAGCAAAAGACAAAAGUUGAUCAUCAGAUGAACCAUUUGAUGGAGGACUUGAGAGUUCUUUAUGGAGUUAAGCCUAGAAGUAAUUAUGAUGUUGUUGAUUUAUCGCUUCUGGAAAUUAAGAAACACAUACGGCUUUUGACCAAAGAAAGUCAAAUUAUUGAUUUGAUCAAAGUUUUGUAUUAUCAGGAUAAAUUACUGGUUGGGAUCUUGAAUGAGUGUAUGUUUAAUAAGCAUUUGAGAAAUUUGAAUGAAUUACCAGUCAAUGUCGAGUCUUUGGGCUAUGAUUUCAUGAUUCGUAAUAAAUGGUCAAGAAUAAACUAUAUUCAAUUCAAUAUUGUGUUAAUGAAAAAACUACGUGACUGUGGUGAAACCAGUGGUAUGUUGAGAAAUCUUGAAGCCAACUUCAAAUUGAAUUACUUACCACUGAUUGAAAAUAAGACCUUGGGCCCUUUUUACGAAAGAAUAAUCUGGAGAAUGUACUUCCAGUAUCGUGACCAGUUGAAACAAGAAACUCAUGAUGAAUUGUAUUUUAUCAAGAAGCUAGACUACAAGAAUGCAUUAAUGAUUUGGCAAACGUCUCCAACUUCGAAACAUCACCAAUUAUCAGCAUUUAUCUCUCAUCAUUUUCAUGAUAAGUUCAAUAUAUUACAAAGAUUGUUUUGGCGAUUAUGCAAUCAUAAAUCCGUUCAAACGAUCAUUGAACAGGAUAUUCAAAAUAAUAGCUCCCACUCUGCAUUGUUGAUUGAUUUAAAGAAGUUUACAGUUAAGCACCGUUUGCAUUCGAUCCUUUUUAAUCUUGAAAACAUGGAUGCCAAAACCAGAUCUCAAUUCUAUUUAUCAGUGAAUGGGAUGGAGUCCAUCAUUGAACUGAUGAAUAAGGACUUGCAACCCCACGACAUCCUAAAAGAACUCCGCCAAAUUAGACAAGACCAUGUCUUGAAAGCAUUAAAGCUGGAACCAACUCCGGCCGAUUCCUCGUGGUCAUGGGUAUCUUCAUUCAUGAAUAGUAAGUAG